AUGACGACCGUCGUUGCUGGAUUGGCUACCGGGCCAGUCAAGUUGAAGGCCGUCACAGAUCUAGUGGACAAACUUACCGACGACCUUGAAAGGGCCACCCUCCUCCCUCAAGCUUGCUCAGAGCGCAAUAACGCCCUGGAAGAUCUGAAAAUAUACAGUAGAGACCCAAGAGAUGCGGAUCCUAUUUUCACCAAGAAUCAGGGCAUCUCCAUGCUCCUCCGCCAUGCAUUCCACAGCCCAUGCACCGGGACAGUCCAAGCCGCCCUUCGAGUUUUGGCAAACGCCAUGCUGCUUAAACCUGAGACGCGACAGAUGUUCGUCGACGAGAGAUUUCCUCCAAAAGCCAGCAGUGAACUUGCGACAGACAACUGGGAUAAUGAGUUUCUCAUCUCCCGUAUCCUCUUUCUCUCCACCUAUGGCACAGAUAUAAAUCUCCUGGAGUUGAUCGAUAAUUACCAACUUGCCGACCAUAUUGUUCAGAACCUGAAGCGGCAUGUUGAGGCCUUGUCGGGUAGGGCCAAGACCAAGGCCGAGCCGAUGGAAGAAAUGGCACUCGAAGAAACCUUGAAGCUCAUGUUCAACGUGACUCACUUCUGCAAGGCGAAAGUGUCAUCCUUCACUCCCGGCGUUGCUCAUGCCGUCGCUCUCCUUUGGAAACAAGACAUUAUGAGUGAUAGGCCUCUAGAUCCCCCUUUCGGCCCUCUUGUCAAUGCUCUCCUUAAUCUUGACCUCGAAGCUGAUGAAAGUCUCGCCACGCUCUAUCCUAACAGUGAUGCCACGAGAGUCUCCGCGAGGCUGAUAGAACUUGCUGGAAAGUCGAUGGUAGCAUACAAUGAUAGUGAGCUCGAGACCACUGUGACGCCACUAAUUAGCCUUACUGGCAAGAUUUAUGAAAACGCCCCGGAAACAGUGCGCCAACACCUGCGAGAAUCGCUCCUCCCUACCGCCGAAGAUAGACAGGAUGUGCUGGGGCGGGGGCGCUCACUGUCGUCAAAACUACUUACAAACUCAAUAAACCCAAUGGCCCCAGCCUUGAGGAAUGCCAUCUCGCACCUUCUAUUCGACCUCUCGGACAGAGACGCAUCAAAGUUCGUGGAAAACGUCGGGUACGGUUUCGCAUCAGGUUUUCUCUUCCAGAACAACGUGCCAAUUCCUGCUUCGGCAACCGAACCCUUCAACGCCAGGGACACCAGCCGGAUACAGAAGCCGGUAAACCCAACCACGGGGCAGUUUCUCGACAGGGAGCUUGCUGUCGAUGUGCCAGAAAUGACGCCGGAAGAAAAGGAGCGAGAAGCUGAACGAUUGUUCGUGCUCUUCGAAAGGUAUGGCCUAGCAUGGAUGCCGUUGCACAAUCGUUUGAAAUCUGACGUCUCCCCCAGGUUGAGGAAUACAGGUGUGGUCGAUGUUCAAAACCCCAUAGAACGAGCGGUUCAGGAAGGUAGAUUCCAGGAACUGGACGACAAUGAAGUCGAGCACCUAAGUUAA